AUCUUGACCGCUUCCGGUUCACCACGAGUUUCUGUUUUGUGUUGAGAAAGGAGAGGUCUACAAAACUUCUAUCUCCGGUUUGUCUCAUUCUUGCAAGUUUUCUCUAAACAGAAAGUAAUUUUUCGACUGUUUAUUUGUCAAGAUGCCAGAGAAGAAAGCCUUUGCACGUUUACCUGGUAGUGUCAUCCCUUCAAACUACAACAUUAAACUGAAACCAAAUCUGGAAGCAUUCACAUUUGAAGGCGACGAAACCAUAACAGUUGAUGUGAAAUCAGCAACUAAUACUAUACUGAUCAAUUCUGUAGAAAUUGCUAUCCAAUCUGCUACAUUCCAGGCUCAAGGAUCAUCUGAUAUUUCAACUAGUGAAAUAAGUUUUAAUGAUGCAGAUGAAAAGGUUACAUUUAAAUUUCCUGCACCUUUACCUGUGGGAAUAGGUGAGCUGAAGAUCAAGUUUACUGGAAUUCUUAAUGAUAAGAUGAAAGGUUUUUAUAGAAGUAAAUACACCACACCAGAUGGAAAGGAACAGUUUGCUGCAGUCACUCAGUUUGAGGCUACAGAUGCACGAAGGGCAUUUCCAUGUUGGGAUGAACCUGCAGUUAAGGCUACAUUUGAUGUCACUCUUGUUGUACCAAAACAGAAAGUUGCUCUCUCAAAUAUGCCUGUUAUAUCCAGUACUGAAUUAGAUGGUGAUUUAGUAGAGUUAAAAUAUGGGACCACACCAAUUAUGUCAACAUAUCUUCUGGCAUUUAUCGUUGGUGAUUACGAUUAUGUUGAAGGAAAAGAUCAAGAUGAUGUCAUUGUGCGCGUGUACACACCUGUUGGUAAAAAAGAACAAGGGUUAUUCGCUCUUGAGGUUGCGAUAAAGACGUUACCAUUCUAUAAAAAUUAUUUUGGUAUUGCUUAUCCUCUACCUAAGAUGGAUCUAAUAGCUAUUGCAGAUUUCUCCGCGGGAGCCAUGGAAAAUUGGGGAUUAGUUACGUAUAGGGAGACUGCGUUAUUGGUUGACCCUAACAACACAUCAUCACAUGUACGACAGUGGGUAGCGCUAGUUGUAGGUCAUGAACUAGCUCAUCAGUGGUUUGGUAACUUGGUAACAAUGGAAUGGUGGACUCACUUGUGGUUAAAUGAAGGUUUUGCAACAUGGAUUGAGUAUUUGUGUGUUGAUCAUUGCUUUCCAGAAUUUGAUAUCUGGACACAAUUUGUUAAUAAUGAUCUUGGACGUGCCCUUGAACUUGAUGCUCUACACACCAGUCAUCCUAUCGAGGUGCCAGUUGGCCAUCCAUCAGAAGUUGAUGAAAUAUUUGAUGCUAUUUCAUACAGUAAGGGAGCAUCUGUUAUCAGAAUGUUGCAUAAUUAUAUUGGUGAUGAGCAUUUCCGUAAAGGCAUGAACCUAUACUUAACAAAGUUCAAAUAUAAAAAUGCUUUUACCGAAGAUUUAUGGGCUGCAUUAGAAGAAUCAAGUAAGAAACCUAUAGGUCAGCUAAUGUCAACAUGGACAAAACAGAUGGGAUUCCCGGUUUUACAGGUUGAAGAGAAACAGGAUGGUAAAAGUCGUGUUGUUACAAUUACACAGAGUAAAUUCUGUGCUGAUGGCAUCAUUCCAGAAGGUGAUAAUUCCCAGUGGAUGGUGCCGAUUACUAUAUGCACAGCCAGUAGUCCAGAUAAACCAGUCUCAACGGGUGUAUUAGAUUCAAAGAAUUUAACCCUUACUCUAGAAAAUGUCAAAGCCACUGAUUGGAUCAAGGUAAAUUCUGGUACUGUUGGUGUAUAUCGUGUUCAGUAUUCAUCUGAGUCAUUAGAACGUCUGAUACCUGCUAUAAAAAAUAAAUCCUUAUCACCUAGUGAUCGACUUGGUCUACAGAGUGAUCUCUUUGCUUUGGCGAGAGCAGGAAUGGUGUCGUCGGUAGAUGUAUUAAAAGUAGCUGAAGCUUUUAUCAAUGAAGAUAACUACACUGUGUGGAAUGAUUUAUCAUCAAAUUUAUCAUCAGUCGCUCUCAUCUUACAGUAUACAGAAUCAUACCCACAAUUUCAGUCAUUUAUCAGAAAUCUUUUCCGUCCUAUUUCACAGACAGUAGGCUGGGAUAAAAAAGAUGGCGAAAGUCCUUUAAUUGCUAUGUUACGAGACUUGGUAUUAACCAAGCUAGGAAGAAAUGGUGAUGAAUCUGUAAUUAAAGAAGCUACUAAAAGAUUUGAAGAACAUUUUACAGGCUCAAAAUUACUAGCUGCCGAUCUUAGAAAAAGCGUAUAUAUCAGUAUUUUAUCUGAUGGUAAUGAAGAUGUAUUUACUAAAAUGUUAGAGUUAUAUGAUAAAGCUGAUAUGCAAGAAGAGAAAGUUCGAAUUAGUCGGUCACUAGGAACAGUUCGUGAUGAAGGAUUAAUUAGUAAAGUUUUAGAUUUCUCUUUAUCAGAUAAGGUGAGAUCUCAAGACUCGGUGUUUGUUAUUGCUGGUGUAACAGGAUCCGUUAAGGGUAGACAACUAGCCUGGAAGUUUGUAAAAGAUAACUGGACUAAAUUAUAUGAUAGAUACAGAGGUGGUUUCUUGUUGGCCAGAUUAAUCAAGGCAACAACAGAAGAUUUUAUCAGUGAAGAAUUAGCAAAAGAGAUUGAGGAAUUCUUCAAAGCUAAUCCUGCUCCUGCUGCUGAAAGAGCUAUCAAACAAUCAUGUGAAAAUAUACGGCUUAAUGCUCGUUGGUUGGAUAGAGAUGGAGACAAGUUAAAAGAAUGGUUGAAAUCCAAAUAAAUAUUUUGCCUGAUUAUCAUAUUCCAUAUCGACUGCUGAUUUGAAUAAAUCUAAGAUUUAUGAGUAAAAAUUAUAUGCUUCACAAAAAAUUAGCCUUGAAUUUCAAAAUGAGAAAAUAGGGUAGGAUUAAAGGCACUUAGUUGAAAUUUUUGCCAGCAGGACAUCUUUAUGCUUGUUACAUUCAAAUUAGAAAAUCUGAUCGCGAAAUAAUCUGUUUGUUUUAAGGAAAAUACUACAAAUUGAAUUUCAUAGUUUUAAGUAUUCUUUCUUUUUAUUUCCUGCGAUGCAAAUUAAGUGGACAUUUUCACAAAUAGACAGACAUUGAAUUGGGUGAAAAAUGAAAUCAAAGGCCCACCAAGACUUUGAUCAUAAUAAUUUAAGCAGGCUUUUCAUAGAUUGAGUAUUAAAAUAGUAGUACAUAUUUUAGAUCUUAGCCACUAAAAAGGCUGAAUAAAUAUCCUGGAUAAUGUUUAAUCUUUAUGCAUAAUUCUUUUUGUUUCAGAGACCAGUGCUAUAUUUUGUGAGAGAGAUUUAAAUUUCUUUAAUAUUGUUAGUCAGGACAAAAUUUCUAGCUUAGUAUUUGGAGUGAUAAAUUAGUAUUUUAUAUUUAAAAAUGACAAGUGUAGUUUGUUGGAAGGGUGUCUAUAAAAAGAAAAUAAUUAAGAUUUUUGCAAAAAAUGUAUAAACUAACGCUUGUGGCACAGAAAGUAACAUUCAGACUUCCUAACCGGGUGGUUCUGGUAUUGAUCCCAGUAUUGGCAGAGAAAAUUGGGUGUGAAUUUCCAGUCAGUGGUGGAGGAUAGAGGACCUUGCAAGGAACAUUGAUCGGAUGGUAGUUCUUUUACCAUGUUAGUAUACACAUAAAAGAAGCCUUAGUUGGAUUUUGUUUGAAGAAUAGGUUGAAAUGUUCCUGUGCUAACAACAUUUCCUCAUCACUCUGCAUGGCUUUUGCCCAUUUUCAUGUCUUUAUUAGCCCGUUUGGUGCAGAAAAUAGGAUUUUAAUUUAAACCCUAUUUUAUUUCAUUGCCAUGAACUACCCUACUAACACCACUAUCUACAAUUUGUAUUACUGAAUAUUAAAUGAUGAAGAUUUGUUUCAUAUUUUGCAUCACACUUUGCUAAUAUAAUUUCUAAUGCCUCUUUAAUAUUGGUUCUUAAUUAGAACAUUUUUCGUGUAGAGAUCUCAAUAUCUGUUUAAUCAUUUGUUUUUUUGAAAAUAGAAUUGAAAAAUGCACAGUUAACUUUCCAACUGUUUAGAAGCUGCAUCAUGUUUUAGGUCCGAUCAUGGUUUAUUAUUAUUAUAAUAGAUCUAAUUUCAUUAUUAGAAAUUUUAAUGCCAUUCCAAAUUGUUAGUUAUUAGAUACUUUAUUUAAAGAUAUAUAUUCGUAGAUAGUUCCGUUUCUAAAUAUAUGUAACCAUUGGUUGGAGAACAUAUCCAAAACUAUCCAGAAAGAUAUUUAUUUCCUAAAAACUAUAUCUUGGGAGAAAACUGCAUGAGCAGUUUUUGGACAAUCUUCAAAGCGGUCAUUUAAUACAUAUUACAGUUUGAACAGGUUGAAUGAUCUAAUAGUGUAUUAUUAAUGCACAUGUUAAGAUAUCAGUAGUUGAUGUUCUGUAAUAAAUAACUUGUUUUAUUUAUUGAGGGCUUACUGCACAAUUUAUCUUGUCAAGUUUGAUUAAGAAACUACAAUGUUUUGUCGGUCAUGCAAUACCGGUACAUAUUACUUCCUUUUGGGGUUAUUUAAUCAUUGUAUUUUAAUGAUUAUUAAAAUUAUAAAAAAAA